AUGGGAGACAUCAAGGACAUGUCCGGUGUGGAUUCAGAGAACAUGAUUGCUUACCUUCCCCUUGCCGCAAUCGAUUUGAAGCCGCCUCCUGAUGGAUAUCCUUGCAUUGGUGACUUCACCACCACAUGCCUGUCAUUCUUGUUUUCAGGAUCCAGGCUCCACAGAGAGCCUCUAGAUGUCGCUUUGACCAAGACCCCAGAUGGCACUCACACGUUUACUCUGAAGAAUGGAUUUACAAGAUUGAAGCUCGAAGAAAUAGAUCAACAUUUUGUGUUUGUAUGUUGGUGCAUAGUGCCUUCAUGUUUGUUUUGGCAGAACUGUGGUUUGAGGACAGCGCCCUUGCUGUUGCUCAUGAUUGCCAGCGACCUGGAUCCCAUUGCUGGGAAGGACAUUGGCACCCAAAAGGAGAACCCCUACAAUAAAUGUUUUCUGUUUGUUGUUCAGCAGGAGCUAAUUCUUCCAUUGCUUGCGGCGAUUGGUGGAAUGUGCAAUUUGCCAUGCACGAUCAGCAAGACAGGCGACACCGAGACGCACAGUUUUGAGAACAUACAGCUCAGCUGUCAAGGCGCUGAACGGCAGCGUAAAGAUGUAAUGAAGCUUGCAGCUCGGUUUGAACUACUGAUUCAGCAGCGCCGCCAGUGCGCGGAAUGCAAAGACCAGUCAGAUGAAGAGAUCCUUUCCAUGCUGAUCCAGCGAUACAACUCCUUCAAAGCCAACGCUGCGCUGAAGCUGUGGGACUACAAUCAAGACCUGGAAGCCAUCUUGCUGAGCAAGCCAACCCGAUUCACAGUUGAGAAAUUGGCGAUGUGGCAGGACUACAUUGGACGGACGUUGGCACAAGGCGCUCCAGCUUGCACCAGCGGGGACACUCCAGCGGAAAUUGAAGAUGAGCACUUGAAGGCUGCAGAGUACAAGAUGGCAUGUGCCAACCUGGCUCACGAUUACCGGGAAGCUGUGGCCUACAACCUUAGGCGGCACAAGGUGGAGGGAAGCAAGCAUGUGGCACAAGUAUUGCACAUGAGAGACCAAAUCGAGAUCGGCUUGGACGUCGUCACUCAGUUCAUGCAGAAAAGAGCUUUGAUGGUCGUAGGAGACAAGGGUCAGGGCUUGGCAGCCAUGCAACGGCGCAUGGUAGCCGAUGGCACCAACCGCUUCAGUGCCCCAGUGGAAUUGACCAAGAUGCACCACGUGGGCUUCAUUGACUUUAGCAAGUUCGGCAGGUUGACAAUGGUUGAGAUCAAUGCUGCUGUUGAUUGGUGCAAGCAAAUUUUGCAUCAGAACGAGAACUACAGCAUGGUCUUCGCAGUGGCACCCUUGCUUGCCAGCGAGGGUGUGCUUGGUGGUCUACGCGGCGAGAUGCGUAGAAUUGAGGACAAGCUGGUGGACAACGGAAUGGAAUGCAAGACCUGCAGCAUUCCAUUUGACGUCAGCGAGUAUUCCACGCCAGAAAGUGGUACGCUGUUCACCCAUGAGCAAGGCACCAUCAAGGCCAUUCUGGAAGCAGCACUCAGCCGAGUCUCAACCAUGAAGCAACAGGGGUGUAUCAUUCAUCACUACACGUGCUACGAUGGAAAUCUCGAGAAGGUCGUGCUGGACAUGAUGAUGGAAUUGAGUGAGAGCUGCUACUUGGGACUUUUCUCCCAGUGCUCCCAGCAAAAUGUUUUUGAGCACGCUGUUACCACCGUGAAGGACAAGCUUUUGGAGGAAUGGAAGCAAGGAGCCAACCUGGUCGAUCCUGAUUGGAGAGUUCGGCUGAAGAACUUCGAUGACGUCUUCAAGCCAAGGGCUGACGCCAGGACAGAACCUACCCCCGCUGCUGCUGCUGAGAUUGACCUAGGCGUCGAAGGGCAAGCAGCGACGGUGACACAUGCAUCUGCGGUCAGCGAUUGCCCAACCCCAUCGGCUUUGUCAAAGGAGAAAUUUGAGCAGCAAUUCCCAACCGUUGCAGCCACUUGCAAUUUGAACAUGGCUGGACAAACCGUUUUGUGCAUGUUUGUUGAUGGAAAGGUUUUUGUGUCCUCGCCAACACACAAGAUCCGAUUGGUUGGCGUUGACAGUUCGAACCCAUGCCCAAUCUUCCUUUACUCCGCUGGAUCAUGGUUGGGAGACUCCUCGAAGGCAAAAGACUACAUUAGCAAGGCUGAGAACCAGAACAAAGCUGUGGAGUUUCGCUUGGAAUCCGGAGAGUCCAAGGUGGUCCUUGAGGAGCAGGGGACGCAAGGUGCUUCAGAUGGACCUCCAUCAUCCCUGUUCACGCUGAUUGUCCAGCUUGAGAAGCGUGGUCUGCUGGACCUGAAGCUGACAGGACACAAGAUUGACAGACCACCAGACGUAAAGCGUGGCGAAUCUGCCGAUAGGAUCGACGUGAUCCACGAGACCUACUCGGUUUUCAAACCAGGGCAAGUGGCAUUGAAAACAGCCAAGCAAACCAACUUGGCUGGCCUCAUCGGCUACAAGGCGCUCAGCUCAUCGCAGUACUUGACGCUCGUGUGGCGUUACUUAGAUGCAAGAUUGUAUAUCCUUUUACUUUGUUGGUUGGACUGGGGACUGUUUGUGAUGAUGAACAAGGAAUCCCUGGAGAAACAAAGGCAUGCGACAUUACGCACGGGACAAAGUCCUGGGACCAGCGAAGCCGCUUUGGUUCAUCAAAGGCGGCGGGUUUCUUAUGGAACCUGGCAUGCACUAUCAGAUCGUCUGAGAUGA